AUGUUGUACUUAUAUACGAGACGUACUCUCAUUUUAGUGAAGGUUGAGGUGUGAACCAUGUGUGAGUGGAUAGAAGAGACGGACUCGGAGGGAAACUAUUUGAAAACAAAGAAAUAUGAAGGAAAAUUGUACGUCAGUCUUAUCCCCGGAAACAUCAAAGACCAUCUCGAGAGGCUAGAAAACAUGGAGAUUCGGGACGAUGAUACAUUCAUCAUGUCCUACCCGAAGUCAGGAACACAUUGGGUGUUUACGAUUACCAGUAUGCUCCGUACCGGAAAGUCUUCUUACAUCGGUUCCCCACAUUUCUUGGACUACAACGAUGUUGACAUCCUUGACAAGUUACCAUCGCCGAGACUUUUCGCCUCUCAUAUGACCUUUGACCGACUUCCUCGUCAGGCCAGGGAAGGAAAGGGGAAGGUGUUCGUUGUUUCCAGAAAUCCCAAGGAUGUCGCCGUUUCCCUUUAUCUUUUUCUAACGAAGUUGAAGAAGGCUGAUUUUUCAGGAUCGUGGGAGGGAUUUGUAAAGUUUUACACGGAGGGCAAAAUGCUGUAUGGCUCUUGGUUUCAAACGCUGUUUGACUGGGAGAAGACAAAGGCCACUAACAAAGAAGACAAUGUUAUGUAUUUGAUUUACGAAGACAUGAAACAAGAUCUUCUCUCUUACGUCACCAAGAUGGCGUCGUUCCUGGGUGUGACUUAUGACAAACCAUUCCUAGAGGAAGUCACGGACAGGUGUACAUUUAAAACAAUGGUGAAAACAAUUAUUGACGAAAUCAAACCACAAGACCAGGAUUUUAUACAUAAAGUAUCCGACGAAAAGAAAUUACCAAUCUACAGGAAAGGAGAGGUUGGGGAUUGGAAGAACCAUUUUACUGUGGCACAAAAUGAAGCAUUCGACAGAAUAUACGACGGAAAAAUGCGAGACAGCAAAUGUAAAUUCAGAUUCGAGUAAAACAAAGCGGCGCCUUGUAGUACUUGCGGGAAGUGUAGACAUAUUUUUUUGUGUUCUUCUGGAUGUCGAAGUCUGACACCAACAGAAUCGUUAUACUUUGUAAAGACGUGUGCUGUACCAGCUGAUAUUCGUUUUAUUUUGGCAUUUUUCAUUUAUAAAUCCACAGACAGAACAAAUUUCCCGUGGCCUUGGAUCAGUAAACAACGGGACGACCGAUAUACCCUUGGAUCAGUAAACAACGGGACGACCGAUAUACCCUUGGAUCAGUAAACAACGGGACGACCGAUAUACCCUUGGAUCAGUAAACAACGGGACGACCGAUAUACCCCUGGAUCAGUAAACAACGGGACGACCGAUAUACCCCUGGAUCAGUAAACAACGGGACGACCGAUAUACCCUUGGAUCAGUAAACAACGGGACGACCGAUAUACCCCUGGAUCAGUAAACAACGGGACGACCGAUAUACCCUUGGAUCAGUAAACAACGGGACGACCGAUAUACCCUUGGAUCAGUAAACAACGGGACGACCGAUAUACCCCUGGAUCAGUAAACAACGGGACGACCGAUAUACCCUUGGAUCAGUAAACAACGGGACGACCGAUAUACCCUUGGAUCAGUAAACAACGGGACGACCGAUAUACCCUUGGAUCAGUAAACAACGGGACGACCGAUAUACCCUUGGAUCAGUAAACAACGGGACGACCGAUAUACCCUUGGAUCAGUA